UAUAUGUGCUUCUGUGUGUCCAAAAAUUCUAAUUAGAGGCAAUAUUUAUUAGCUAAACAAACUUUUCUACAAAUCGAGAAAUGUCCAUGGAGGAGAUAGUAUCUCUAAUCCUUCUUGGGUGUAAGCUAGCUAGAGAACUUGAAUCAAACCUACCAAACUUGGCCGACCAGCCCAACCUGCUCUCAAAGUCCUGUGAUGAGGUCAUAAAGGUUUUCCGAACCGCAAAGGAGCGCCUGUACAUGACUCGAGGCAGUAAUAGUACUUCUGCACAUCCCGGGCACAUGACGUUAUUCCAUGAGCCACAGGAAUCACUAGUACAUGAGCAGCCUCGGAUCGAAUUAGCAAGUUUGGAGCAAUGGCUAAGGUCUAGUUGCACCCAAGCAAUGGACAUUAUUCAGAUGCAACUUCAAGCUGAUCAUCAAAGGAUCGAUAUGCAGGACUCCAGUUCCAAAGUCAUUAAUGUUGCUGGUUUGGGUACUGGAGGAUCAGAUCGGGUCGAAAGCUCUGCACCAUCUAGGAGCAUAGGAGGGGAGCUUCACCCCCUUCACGCUUCAGAUUCUGGCAUCGCUUCAUCCUCGCAAAGACAGCGGAGGAGGAAGGAUGAUGGGGAGAGACGGACGGUGAUCAAGGUGGCAGCACCUCGGAUUGGAAAUACCGAGAUUCCACCUGAGGAUGUCUUCACUUGGAGAAAAUACGGCCAGAAAGAGAUACUUGGGUCAAGAUUCCCAAGGAGUUACUAUAGGUGCACCCACCAAAAGCUAUACCAGUGUCCAGCGAAGAAGCAAGUCCAGAGGUUCGAUGAUGAUCCCUACAUGUAUGAAGUUAUGUACCGAGGUGAUCACACUUGCCACAUGUCGUCCACCGCGCCAUCACUUCCACCACCACCACCGGUUGACAUUACUGAUAAUGAUCAUGAUGAGAUCAUGGCCCAAAUUAUAAAUGUCCAACCUCCUCAAGAGUCCAGUUCAGUUCCUUCAAGCAGAUCAUGGCUCUCAACGGAGUACUUGAUCAGCCUAAGAGCUGGAGGAGGGAUGGUUGUCAGUGGUGCGGGUCCAUCUACCACGCGAAGUGGUAAAGAAGUUGCCUUAGAAUACCCGGUUACAGAUAUGGCGGAUGCAAUGUUUAAUUCUGGCAGUAGUAGCAGCAACAGCAUGGAUUUUCUCUUCCAUUCCAACGAAUUAAACAAAGGGCAGCAAGGGGACAAAGGAAAGAACACAGUCGACUGACGGGACGUGUUUUUUUUUCCCUGAAAUUAACUGCACCUUAACAAAAAAUAAAGACAAAUAUAAUAAUUUUGAAACUUCACCGGCCAUUAACAUUUGUCAAUUUCAUUUAUGCAUGUGCCGACCAAAUUUUGUAAGUUGUAAGUGUAUUUGUUAAAUAUCAUACGUAGUGAGGUGAUUCGCACCUAAUUAAUAGCUAUUGAUAGGAAGAGGUGGAAGCGGUAUGGUUCAUAUAUGCAAGUACACCUGCCGCGGCAACAGCAUCUUGAUACUGUAAUAAUUAUACUGUAAUACUGCUAAGUUUAAGGGCUUGUUUAAUUAGU